AAACGUUGGGCUACCUUUGUGAGAUUGGAGAAUUUGUUUGAGGAAUUCCGAGUGCAAGGACCUCGCAUACUCGGUCCUGGAGUACUGUUCCGUGGGCCGCAGUGGGAUAAGAAUUUGUGGACCCUUUGUUCGGAUGUGAUUCAGUGGGAUAAGAAUAGGACCAAGUUGAAGAGGAAAGCAUCACAGACUGUGGGCAUCUCGACAAACAAUGGUGCAGAAUCUGCUAAAUUUUGGAUAAAACGCUCCAAAAGUUGUUGAUAUUCUCGAAUUUUUUUGCGGUGACCUCUGCAUCCCAUUUCCUUAUCAGCAACCUUGGAUUCUUUGCAACUCUCCGAUUUCUGAUUUGAGAUGAAACAGAGUUAGAUAGAUACUGUUGAUGAUAAAAAAUACUGGCUGACAUUGUCAUUGUUGCGGACUGAACAAUACCCUGACUCUGUUGGGUGUGAAUUUCAUCGAGAUCUCCUCUUCAGAAUCGUACUCAAGCAAUUUUGACUAGCGUAUUUUAUCCGCAUACCUGUAACCUUCGGAGUAUAUUAUGACGGACACCGUUUGGGUUUAGUGUACUUUAUCUGAAGUGUAAGCACUCCGGGGCUGUGUUAGUGGUGUAUAGGUGCUCAGUGUUGUUUGGGAUAUACAGAGGAGUAACACAGCAUCCAAGGAGAAAUUACGAGCCGAGUGUGCUUUCAGAUGCAUGGAGCUGACCUGUGCAUAAGAAGCUGGAUUCUGCAACCGGAUUUCUGUAUCUGAGUGUGGAUAUUCUCAAGCCUUUGGUUUAUAAUCGUGAAUCCAAACUUGUAGUUCAGUUGGAUUUUCGUUGAGUGGAAUUCUGCAACUUGGGAUAGCAAGGUCAUAUAUUGUGUGAGGAUUUCAUGUCUACCUCUCCGUCAUAAGGAUCAACUGCCUUGGACUACCUCAAUAACGACGUACAUGUAACAUUCUAUGUGCCACACCCAAGUGUCAACGGGUUCUCAGCUAAACGGAAUACUUCUCAAUUUUGACUCAUAGGGAGUGUACACACUUGCAACUGUAGGGGAUGACACAGUAACAGAAAACGAUCACCAUUAAAGGAUUAACCCGAUUACUACACAUAUGAUGGUGCUGAAAAGAUAGCAUUAAUUUCUCUCGUGAAACGAAUCAUGGCGUCAACACGUUCAUCAUUUGCCGUGUGCCUCAUCCUAGCGGCGAUCGACUUCAUUCUCGCCGAUGAAAUUCCAAAAUUCAUCAAAGAACCAGAGUCAGUCAUAGUGAAAGCGCGCGGGAAGGUCGUCCUCCGCUGCACUGUAGACUUACCAGCCGCGCGGAUACGAUGGAAAUAUAACGGCGACUUUAUAGAGACUAACGAAGACGAGGGCGUGAUAAUAAAUGGCGGGACGUUACAUAUAAAAUCUUUUAAACAUUCGAAACGACAUAAACCUCACGCGGGGAAAUAUCAGUGUGUUGCUAAUACUUCUAUAGGUGCUGUGGCCAGUUUGGUGGCUGAAGUUCAAAAAGCAGAUAUCGAUCGUUUUGAUCGGAAUCUUCCCGAUAUCAUAGUAAACGCAACGAAGGGGAACGUGGCGCUGGUACCGUGUGUUCCACCAGAGUCGUCACCGAGCCCUAUCUUGACGUUCGAGGUCAAUUCCACAGUCAUAGACAAUGAAUAUUCAGUUCGCCAUAAAAUCUUACCAUCUGGUGCGUUACAAAUUGAGGAUGCUCGACCCAUUGACCAGGGCACGUACAUCUGCCGAGCGGAGAAUCCCAUCACGGGAAAGUUACGAGGGGCAUUUCAGAAAGUCACCCUCAGAAUACUAAAUCCUGUCAUCAACGCACCACCCAGGGUCAUCCAGGCCCCCCCAAAGAAAUCCGCAGCUCGAAUAGGCAGCAACUUGACGCUAGAAUGUGUGAUGAAUGGCGCGCCCGUACCGGUCGUAAACUGGAUCAAAUAUGGCGACGUUUUACCCGAGGGGCGAUACGAACAGAUGAUGGGGAAUCUUCUAUUGGUGGAUAUUCGGUUGGAGGAUGCGGGGACGUAUAUAUGUCAGGCGGAGAAUGGUCAGGGGAUGCAGGCAACAGGUGUUGCUGUGGUGGAGGUGUUAGAAAUGCCAACCAUCGACACGCCCCCUAGUGACCAAACAGUUACUGAGGGCGACACUGUUGUGUUUAACUGCCUAGCGACGGGGAAGCCAAAGGUUAAGACAAGUUGGUUGUACAACGGGCAGCCCGUGUUCAGGGAUAGCGCCGUCUCGAUAACAGAACUUGGUCCAAGCAAUGAGACGACCUUGACCUUACACCAAGUGAGCCUGAACCAAGCCGGCUUCUACCAGUGCAUGGCUCAGAGCAGAAUCGGCAUGGCAACCGCCGCUGCCUGGCUACGCGUCAAGAAGCGCAAGACGCCCCUCCCGCCCGCUAUCAAGGCGGAGUCUGACAAGGAUGGCGCUACGGUCAAGCCGCAGGCAAUCGCGCCGGAUCAUGAGCCGAAUCAUAGUGCUGUCACUCGGCCGAGCAUCAACAUCGGGCCGUCCAACACCACCGUCUCCGAGGGUCAGACGGUCACUCUUCUCUGCCUCACCGAGGACGCCGAUGUCGUCUCCUGGCUAAAAGAUGGCACCCCCAUCGAUUACGCCCUUAACGAACGCCAUGAGGUGUCAUCCGCCGAUUCACUCCAGAUUGAUAACGUACAGUUGACUGAUUCGGGCGAGUACAUGUGCUUGGCGUCCAAUCAGCUUGGAUUCAGCACGGCGAACGCCUUCGUCGAAGUGACAGAUUCCCUGGUCAAUAUCGGUAUCCCAGACCUGAUGCCAGGCCCUGUCUUUCCGCCCUUAAACCCAAAGGAGGACAAAUCAAACCCGACGUCCUCACCGACAGGAAACGCAACCUCGGACCCAGUUCAGCAGAAUACGACAGAUGGCUCAACAACGACUACAACAACAUCGAAGAUGAUCGAGAGAGUCAUUUUAACGAAUAACAGUGCAGCGAAACCGCAACUGCCAAAGAAACCGAGUGUUUUCGAUACAGAUUUGACGCAUUUUGAUUAUAAUGAAAAUACUGACGAUAUUAUCCUUCUUACGACGCGUGCGCCGCCUGGCGGGGUGACGAUGCCACCUUUUGGUAGUGACGGGCGACGUGGGAAGAAUAAGAAUAAGAAGAAGGACCGCGACCGCGACCGUGAGCGCGACCGUGAGAGGGAACGAGAGCGGGAACUUGAACGAGAGAGGGAACGAGAGCGCGGAAGGAAUCGCGACCGUAAGAAGAAGAAGAAUCGUUCAGGAGAAGUACUGGUGCCGCCCUCUAAACCGAAAGUUACAAAGCUCUCCGACAAUUCUGUCAUGCUCAAGUGGUCAGUGUCGGAUAACGAGGGAUUACGCAUCAGGUUUUUCCGCGUCCAAUAUCGGGAACUUUCGAACAGCAAGAAACGCGGCAGCUGGGAAACGAUCGAAGAUGACAUAUCUGCCGUCACGCGGCAAUAUGAAGUCGCCGGUCUGAAACCCGGCGCGACUUAUAAAUUCCGGAUUGCAGCGGUGUAUUCGAAUAAUGAUAAUAAGUUGGGGCCGAGUUCGGGCCGGUUUAAAUUGAGUGUUGAACCGACGCGGCGUCAGCAUCCUCCCGUCGCUGGUCCGGUGAUCGUGGAAGCUAAGAGUAUGUCGCCAUCGGAUGUAGCUAUAAGAUGGAAGUAUCUGCCACUCGGGACGAUAGCCGUGGAGGGUUUCUUUAUCUUCUACAAGCCGUACGGUUCGCAGGAGGAAUUCAAACGACAGGAAGUCUUCGGCGGGAAUCUCGUUAAUUACGUCCUUAACCGGUUGAGGCCAGAUACUGAGUACGAGAUCAAGAUGCAGUGUUUCAAUUCGGCCGGAGAGAGCGACUUCAGUAACACUGUCGUAAAGAGAACACUGGCAUCAUCUGGGAGUUCCGGUGCCUUCCCUGGCGAGACUGACUACUACCCCGGGGUCCCUGUUGACGAAAAUCCCUUCAUGAAGAAGCCGAAUCGCAAAAAUGUCCCGUACGACGCCAACACAUUCGACGUUAUCAACACAUAUGAUAAAGAUGGACAGGAAAAACCCGAGUUGACCCCGACGCAAACACAGGAAGAGGAUCAGUUCGAGAGGAAAAUGAAUACGCAGUCGAGUUCGAUGCUUUUGUAUAUGGUCCUCGGGAUCGUACUAGGGGUCAUGAUGUUGCUGCUCGUCAUUUUCAUGGUCAUGUGCGGUUUGAAACAGCGACAGCAGCGUCGAAUGAUGGGUACGUUUAGAGCUAAAGCUGAGCUCGAUGCUAGUAUGCGACAUAAAUUCCAUGACCCUGCUCAACGUAUCCACAACGAUAAUAUACGUAAAAAAUACAUGAAUGGCGGAUUCGCCCUGAACGGAAUCUCGCAUCAAAAUGGCGGCGGGAUUUACGCUAAUGCUAACGGGAGUAUACGAAAUGGUUACCUCCCGAACCAACAGGGGAGCAAAGUGAAUAUUAGCGUUAAUCCAAUGACGCAGUUGGACCACCAGCAUUAUCCAGAGCAGAACGGGACAAUAAAGUCCAAUGGGGAGCUUGCCCACAAUCUGCAGGAGAUCCUCAUGAAUGGGGAUGUUAUAUAUAAUAGUCUCGAAAGGCAGAGCCACGGGCCACCAAGUUUCCAUGAAAGUCAAGACCCUCACUAUCAGGAGCUAAUGAAUUCAGACCCCCUGCUGGUUCCGCGGCAACAAGACGGUUCUGAUACGGAGGAUGUUCAUAAUGGCGUGCAGGCGCCGGAGUUCCAGUACACAACCGGACAGAACCACCACACAAGACAAAGCACCUUUAAACCGGAACCACCGGAUCCAAGCCGGAUUCCAAACCGCUCACACGAACAACUUAAUCCAAAUUACGACCCGUACGAUAGUUGUCAUAAUAUGGGGACGCAAUAUGGCGGCUCGUAUUCAAGGUCACAUGACCAGAUACCUAAAUCGCCGUACGACUAUACGCCGCGGUCGCAACAAGACUUUACGAAUCAUUCGCUGAAUCAUUCGUUGAAUCACUCAAUGACACAUCAAAUGGCUCAUUCGCCACAUGACCACCAGGGCGGCGUUUAUAGUAAUAAUUUAUCGGAGCCGUCGCCGAAGGUUCGACAGAAACGGCGACGGCGAAGUCGGGAUAAAUCCAAUAUGAAGGAUCAGUCAACGAAUACAGAUUACAGUAGUAAUGAUGGUACUCUUGAUAACCACAGUCUAACAUAUCGAUCGCUAGACACGUUACGUCGCGAGGAGGCCUACCAUCGCCGAAGUCCAGUUAUAUGUCCCGAUAUUCCCCAGGUGCACGAUUACAGUGAUUAUAACUUCGACUAAACUCGUCUUGGGUUUCGAAUAGUUUAAAAUAUAUCGCCGAAUUCGGGACAUGUUGACACAUUGUGGAUAGUUUACUGAAGGAGUAUCCCAAAGGUGGAACAAUGCUAUGUGGUAGCGCGACCGUGAGGUAUUCCGUUACGUUUCACGAUCGCAGGUGUUACCAAGGCUGCAAUGCGGUAAUGGUAAUUGAACUUACCAUGAGAAGUGUUGUUACCGUGAUUGGUAAUUUAUUGGACCAGGGCUGCGGUGCGGUAAUGGUAAUUGAUCUUACCAUGAGAAGUGCUGUUACCGUGAAUGGUAAUUAUUGUUACCAUGUUGACGAUUGGGAAGUGUUGUUACCAAAUAUGGUAAUAGACUGAGCAUGUCGGAUUCUGUUUCAAGAUAUGGUAAUGGAUAUUACCAGGAGGUUAUCAUUACCAUAUUUGUAGAAGGAAGGUACUUAGUAAGGAUGUCACCAGACGUGGUCAUGAAAAUGAAUACGAGGAUGAUGGUUAACAAAAUUGGUGAGGAAAAUUUUCGGAAAUGUCCUUAUGGAAAAAUAAGCGCAAAUUUUGCUUGGGGCAUUCUGAAAAAGCUGGAAUGGAACAGAACGAAACAGAACGAAACGAAGGCAUUGAUGUGGUAUACAAGCACUAGGUGGCUCUGGUUGCGACUGAUGGUAGUUUCAGUGUUUACUUGUUGCCAUGGCAAUACGAUGAGGCAGCUCGUGACUGACUUGAGACAACGUGUCCAGCUACAGCAGUAGAUAAAGCCCGAAGAUUUUUAAAUGCAUUUUUUCUUCGGAAAUGGAGUCAGCUGUGUACGUUUUGGUCAAAGUUUUAGGGUCACAUUUUUCAUGUAGCAGAGUUUUUCGGCUACAGAUGAGAUUAUUUCCAUUUCACCCUAAUUAGUGCCUUUCGAGAUGUGGAGUAUCCAAUGUGAAGUGUGCAUAAUUUCUGGACUGGUUAGGGUGGAAUUGAAUAAAAAGCCAGCGAUAAUUUUUAGACAGAACAGGACGAAAGCAAUAUACGGCAUAAUAUCUUCUGAGGGACCCUGUGAUACUAGCCUGUCAUACCUGCGACGAUCUGAAUGGACUUGCCUGUAAUUGAAAAUGACUUAUGAUGGAACAGUCCACUUUGGCUUCAAAGGUAUGAUCAGGUGCAAAUGAGCUACUUUUCUGAAACCUGCUUGAACAUUGUCCUGUGAUGCUUUAAACCUGGCUUUCUUACGAGAUUCUCGAACGACAUUUGUUUUUAGGAAACGAAAAAUUAUCUUGAUAAUGUUGGUGUAGUGACAGGACGGACGUUCAAAUAGGUGCCAUGCAUUGUUAGUAAAUGCCUAAACAUCGUCAUAGCAACGAUGUAUUUAUUUCAUUUGUGAAAUAUUGAACAAACUUUGAUGAUAUUUGUGCAGUUUGGAAUUACUCAUUUGCAUAAUUUAUGCAUAAUAUUGUCACAUGACAGACCCGACUGGAUCUUGUUUACAUGAGUGGUGCUGUGUGUACUUACCAUUUUGUUUACAGAAAACGGACUGACGCAUUAACUAAUUGCUGUUGGUACCUGUUGCCAUUUUUUUGGAACAUUCUGUAAUGUAGAAAUCAUUAGCAACCAUUUUGUGCUGCUUGGUAACCGUUUGUGUUGCUUAGUAACCAUUUAUGUUGCUUGUGUUGCCUAGCAACCAUUUGUGUUUGGCGACCAGUUUGUGUUACUUGGUAACCAUAUUUGUUGCCUGGCAACCAUGUGUGUUUGGUAACCAUUUUGUGUUGCUGGGUAACUUGGAGACUGGUAACAAUUAAAUGGGGCACAUUAAAACGCUUCCAGGCAUGGUAAUCUUUUACAAUGCCUUGUAACCAUUUACCAAAACCGGUAACAAUUUACCGUAUUCCUGGUCACCAGUUACCAUGGCUUGCUAGGAUUCACCGCAUGCCUAGUAACCAGCUACCAUGCCUGGUAAGGAUUUACCACAUACCUGGCAACCAGUCACACCGCGCCCGGUAACCAUUUGCAACUUAUCUUGUAACAAUUCACUGAAAAUCAUCAUCACAAUUUGUUUUUGAUAUAUGUA